AUGUUUCUAUUACAGAAGACCAAGUAUUCGCCUGUGUCCCUAACGUCGUCAGAACCACCGAGAGAAAUUGAUGACCAUGAGAGCCCCGGCUUUCUAAGCGAAAAGAUUCGCUGUGAUUGUCCCAAUUCGAAAUCGCAGGGAAUCAAGCUGUACCUGAUCACAGGGCUCAACAUUGUGUUCAUCAUCUCGUAUAGUCUUUGGGGGAUAUGGUACUAUGACACUUAUUGGAGACUCAACGGUGCUUUACGGCGAGCAUCGACAUAUAGUCCCAUACACGACCUGUUCGACCUGGAGAUGAAACCGCAGACUCUGAAUGGCACUCUAUUCACGCCCAAAGACCCCUCCAUCGCACGUCAGUUGCCCAACCCAAUCGCCGAUGCCAUCUGGGAUGAGUGGGAACUCACCCGCUACUUCUCCGUAACUGCCGACCAAAUCCGCGCCAUGGGCAAAGACCCCUCGAUAGUCUCCAAACUUGAAGACGAAGACUGGGGUCUCGGCGACGAUGCGUACGCCACCGUCCUGGACGUAUAUCACCAGCUGCACUGCCUCAACUCACUGCGGCGUAUCGCUUACGGCGAGUAUUACAACACAACCGGCGCUUCGGCUUCGCAUGGUGGUGGCUACCACCACUCACAGAAGGGCGAGAUGUACGAGGUGCACAUCAACCAUUGUGUUGAUAUGUUAAUGCAGACAAUUCAGUGCAGCGGGAACAUGAAUCUCAUUACCAUGCACUGGGUGGCUGAGCAGGCGUAUCCGUUCCCGGAUAUGGGUGUGAACAAGCAGUGUAUCAACUUUUAUAAGUUGAGUGAGUGGCGGAAGGAGAAUACAUUGGAUUUGGAGAAGUACGUGCAAAAAAUGCAGAAGAAAGAGGAUCAUGUAACGGAGCUGCCAGCUCCAGAUGACUAUUACAAGUAUUACUUGCCUGAUGUUGUCAAUCCCAAUCACUUGAAUUGGGCGAAUCCUGGUAAUGACUUCAAUCUUUAGGACAUUUCGGUGAAGGAUUUCAACAACGGCUGAAAUGUUAGGUUAGUUAAGAAAAUUAAAAGAAGAAGGGCACAUAAUCAGU